AUGAUGCACACUCCAGCCUCCAUGGUGAUGGGGAUUGUCUUUGCCCCUUUGGGAUUGGUCCUGGUCUUCACGGCUGCCAUCACCCCUCAGUGGAGAGAGGGACAGGCACGUCUGAGCAUGACAGGGCCGGGGUCUCUUCUUCGGUCGAGCACUAAAGGUCAGGGCAUAGGGGUCAGGUCUGGGUCAGUGGAGGCGCUGCUCUUAGUGCGCUCUGACGGACUCUGGGAGAGCUGCCUGCAGGUGGAGCACUCGGAGCUGAAGCAGUGUUGGCCUGUAGCUGGUCCAUAUCAGAGAGACCCACGGGUUCGUCUGGCACAAGGCUUGGUGCUCACCUCCUUGUUCCUGUGCGGCACCGGUAUUGUUCUGGCUUGUAUUGGGGUUCGGUGCUGGACUGAUUUGCCCCUGAGAGGCGUCACAGCCUCGGGGGGACUCCUGGUGGUGACGGCCGGGCUGCUGAGCCUGACUGCGUUAGGGGUGUACACCCACAACCUCCGAAGACUCGGGACGGAUCCGAGUCAGAGGAUCAACAACCCCAGGUUCCCCCACCUCAGCUUGCAUCCGGCUGGCUCGCUCUACUUUGGGUGGCUGGGUUCCUGUUUACAGGUGCUGGGAGGCAGUGGUUUGCUAUUCAGCUUCAAACGACCGAGAUGCCCAACCUGCCCAUCCGGCCCAGAGCUGCCUGUGUGCCCGGCCUGCCGCUCAUGUCCAGAGAUUACCAACAAGACGGACAUGGAUGUAUAUGAAGUCAGCUGUUAG